AUGUAUGACACUCAAAACGAUCGUGUAUGGGCAAUCAACCGUGAAGAAGCUGAUAAAAAUGGUGGGGUGAAGCAGAAGCAAAAUUUUCCUGAACGAGUCAUGGUAUGGUUAGGGGUAUGCUCAAAAGGUGUGACACCGUUAGUCAUUUUUGAUGAAGGAACUGUGAAUCACCAACGUUAUAUUGAUGAAGUAUUACCAGUGGCUUGGGAGUACGCCAACAAGAUGUUUGGUGAUCAGUGGAUGUUCCAACAAGGCGGUGCAAAGCCACAUACACAUCGUUUGACUCAACAAUGGUGUAAACAACAUUUUCCAUCGUUUAUUGAUAAAAGCCGUUGGCCUCCAAACUCACCUGAUCUGAACCCCUUAGACUACUUCAUCUGGGAUGAAUUUGUUCAUCAAUCAAAUGGGAUAAAAUCCAAUCAAAAAAGACUUUAA